ACGUAACGUUUGUCUCUCCAUUCAUGUAGUUUACUUCCUGUCCAUGUGGUGCGUGUGUGAAGAGUGGAUACUUACCAUUUUUAUUUUGGAUUGAACUGAUUUACACAUUUGAAACGUCUUCGAUAGUUGAGUCGGAUCACAGAUCAAUAUGGGCCCGGCUUCCAAAAAGAACAAGAAAAAGAAGCCUAGCUUCAGAAAAUUACUGAAAACCAGCAAUCUGAAGCUAGAAAACAAGCUGAAGAAUCGGCAGUUUAAGCAACAGAGCUCAGCUAAGAAACAACGCAAAGAACAGAGGAAACUUCGGCAAGCCAUUACAGAUGUCUCCCAUAAGACCCUCAAACCCCUGGAGCGCUAUAAGAAGAAACCAGAGGGGGAAGAAGAGGAGGACGAGGAGGAGUUCCUGGAGUCUCUGCCCGUAGACAUGAUGGAUGAGGAUGACCUCGAACAGAUCAAAGCCAUGGCAAAGAAAGCUUCCUUUCUGACUCGAGACAUCUCAUCCUGCGCUCCAGUACAUGCCAAAAAGCGCAAGUCCGAGCAGCCGGUGGAGCAGUAUGAGAAGAUGCCCAGGAAGAUGCAGCAGGAGGAAGAGAAAGAGCUCAUUCAUCUGCUGCCCAUCAAAGACAAGCGCGGCCUGAUCCCUCAGACCAUGGAGAAACCCGUUGUGCCGGAGGCAGAGGAAGAGGAGGAACCAAUCGACCAGUUAAUAAAAGAGGAGGAACCCGAGAGCGUUCCACUGUUAACUCCUCGGGAGCAGCUAGAGCUUCGCACUCAGAGACUGACGGAGAAGAAACUGCGCAUCGCAAGUCUGUCGUCUGCGAUACUCGCAGAUCCACAUGUCAAUAUCAAGAGGCUGAAGGAGUUGAGGGCCAUGCUGAUGGAGACGGACCCAUGCGUCGCCGUCACGGUCAGAAAGCUAGUCAUGGUGUCCCUCCUGGAGGUGUUUAAGGACGUUGUGCCGUCAUAUCGAAUCCGACCGCUGACGGAAGAGGAGAAAGCCACAAAGGUGAAAAAAGAGACGCUGCAGCUGAGGGAGUUCGAGGAGGGUCUCGUCAGCCAGUAUAAGUUUUACUUGGAAGAUCUGGAACAGACAGUCAAAGACUGGAAGCAGAAGAAGCAGAAGAGAAGUCAGGCCGUGUCUCUUCAGAGUUAUAAAGGUCUUGCUGAAGUGGCCAUCAGGUGCAUCUGUGAUCUCCUGGUAGCUCUGCCACACUUCAAUUUCCACAACAACAUCGUAGUCAUGGUGGUGCCUCUGAUGAGCGACCCCGUCAGGAAGGUGUCUGAGAUGUGUUGUGAAGCCGUCGGCAAACUGCUGAAGCAGGAUAAAAUGGGUCAGGCCUCAUUAGCGGUGGUGAAGGUCAUCUCAGGCGUGGUCAAGGGCAGGAACUACAACGUCAAACCUCAGGUGCUGAACUGUCUUCUCUGUCUGAGAAUAAAAGAAGUGGAAAUGAAGAAAGAUACAGAUGAUACUGCGCCAAAAAAGAAGUUCAUGUCCUUCAAGGAGAAGCGGACAAAUUUGUCCAGAAUGCAGCGGAAGUGGAAGAAGGCAGAGGAGAAGCUACAGAAAGAGCUACUAGAAGCUGAGGCAUCAGACAGCAAGGAGAAGAAAAUCAAACUGCACACAGAGACGCUGAACAUUGUGUUCCUCAUCUACUUCAGAAUACUGAAGAAAGCUCGGAAGUCCAUCUUACUGUCCUCCGUUUUAGAAGGUCUCGCAAAGUUUGCUCAUUUGAUAAACCUGGAGUUCUUCGAUGAUUUGUUGGCGGUGCUGUACGGCCUCAUCACAUCAGGUGAUCUGACGUAUCGCGAGAGCCUUCACUGCAUCCUCACAUCCUUCCACAUCCUCUCAGGACAAGGUGACGUCCUCAACAUCGACCCUUUGAAAUUCUACAACCACUUAUACAAAACGCUGCUGACGCUGCACGCAGGAGGAACGAACGAGAACACGGCGAUCGUGCUGCAGUGUCUGGACGUCAUGCUGACCAAACGCAGGAAGCAGGUGACUCUGCAGAGGGCACAGGGCUUCCUGAAGAGACUGAGCACGCUCAGUCUGCACCUGCUGCCUGACUCCAGUGUGGGCAUCCUCGCGGCCAACAGGACGCUGAUGCAUACCUUCCCUAAGUGCGACAUCCUGCUGGAUAAUGAAAUGCAGGGCAGUGGUGUGUAUCUGCCAGAGCUGGAUGUGCCUGAGUACUGCAACCCUCAGAACACGUCACUGUGGGAGCUUCACUUACUCAAGAGACACUAUCACCCUAUGGUGAGGAAGUUUGCAGCUCAUCUGAUGAAAGGCGCCCCUAGUGAAGGGUCAGGGGCUCUCAGCAUGGAGCUCAGCAGAAGGACUCCAGUGCAGCUGUUUGAAGACUACAGUGUUAAAGACAUGAGCUUCAACCCUCCUGUUGCAGGACCGCCCUCAAAGAAAAAGGAACAUUUCACAAUCGGUGAAGCAUUUUUAGAUUCUGAGCUGAAGCCGCUGAUCGAUGCUGCUCUUCAAAACGAGAGCGAGCAGACGAGUCUAGACUUCACGUCACAACACACACAGCAGGAAACAUGAAUGACUAAAUUAAGAGCUGAAAAGCUGUUUUGUAUCCGUUUGUGUAAAAAUAAAUGCUCCAAGAUAGCAGCAGAGUCUUUGAGUUUAUCAUGGGCACUGAUGGAAAAGUAGCAGUUUCACCAAACAUGGAUUUUUCAACACUAUUUAU